CAAUCAGAGGCGGAGAGCUGGACAGCUGCUUUAUAGUGCACUAUAUAUCUACAGUAGAGAUUUUUGAUUUAGGCGUGUUUAAUGAUGCCGCUUUACACAGGAUAGCGUGACUCUUAGAGCGAGUAUGGCUGUGUGAUGUCUGUGUGUAGUGAGAGUGUGUGUAUGUGUAGUGUGUGUGUUUAUUGUUUGUAUAUGUAGUGUGUGUGUGUGUGUGUUUAGUGAGAAAUGGAGGCGAAGAGGAGCACAGCAGUGGAAAGGAGGAACCUCCUGACCGUGUGCAGGUUUUCAGUGAAGACACUGCUGGAGAAGUACACGGCCGAACCCAUAGACGACUCAUCCGAGGAGUUCAUCAACUUCGCCGCCAUCCUCGAACACAUCCUCAGCCACCGUUUUAAAGGUUCGGGUAGCUGGUUCGAUGGCCAGCGCAGUUUCUGGGACUUCAUACGUCUGGCCUGCAGCAAACUCCAGAACAACUGCAUCGGCAGCAUCGAGAACAUGGAGAACAUCAACUCCUCCAGAGCAAAGGGCAGAGCAUGGAUAAGGGUGGCACUGAUGGAGAAGCGUCUGUCUGAAUACAUUGCCACUGCUCUGAGAGACAGCCGAACCACCAGGAGGUUCUACGAUGAAGGGGCCAUCAUGUUAAGAGAGGAAGCUUCUGUGCUGACCGGUAUGCUUAUUGGACUCGGAGCGAUUGAUUUCAGUUUCUGUCUGAAGGGAGAAGCUCUGGACGGUAAAUCCGAGGCAGUGAUUGAUUACACGCCUUACUUAAAGUUCACACAGAGCUAUGACUACCUGAGUGACGACGAUGACUGCCGCAGUGUGGACAGUAGUAACAGUGAUGACAGCGUCCCAGAGCACCCCUACAUCCCUCUGGUUACUGAUGAAGAGAGCUGGAGCAACAAGUGCCGCAGAAUGGAGCAGAGGUUUAAGAUCGUCAAUGCGCAGAAGGGAUAUCUAGAGGAGCUGGUGCGGCUGCGAGAGUCCCAGCUGAAGAAUGUGGAGACGGAGAAUAAACGAAUGAGUUCCAGGCUGGAAGAGCUGCAGCUUCAGAGCCAUCAGGAGAAAAGAGAGCUAGAGAGCAUCAUACUCGAACUACAAGAACAACUGACAAGUCUGAUUCCUGUUGAAUCUCACCCUUUGUCCAAGGACAUGUCGAUCCCUCUUGUUAACCAGUGGCCAUCGCUUCAUACCUACAAUAACCAAGAGGACAGUAAACUGUACCGCAGAGGAAGUUUCCCCAGCCCUGAGCUUCUCUCAGCACACAUUAGCCUGGACUCCGAUUCCCAGAAGCUCGAGGGGAAGCAGAACGGCCAGCCUUGGUGUGCAGCAGAAAAAGACUACACCCCCUCCAUGCUGGGCCUGUGCGGGUCUCUGGCCUCACUGCCCAGCUGCAAGUCCCUGCCCAGCUUGAGGUCCACAGAGUGCCUGGUCAACAUUAGCGCCGAGCCCAGCCCUGCGCUUACCCCUAGCUAGGGGGUGCCAAUGUCUAAUCUAACACACUAACACACAUUUUGUCAGCAAAGGCAUCCAAAGACUGUUGUGGCUACUGUAUUCUGAUCAUUUGCCCUAUCUAAAUCUGCUGAUAGCAUUCUCCACUUUUAGUGUCUUUGCUCUUUCCUUCAAGAAAAUAAACACAGCAGUAUGGGAUGACUUUGGGUUUGAUGGACAGGGUUAGUUCAUAAUGAGGUGAGCUUAUUUUCAGUGCCUCGUUGUAUAAAACACUUGAAGUAAAUUUUCCCCGAGAUUGCCCUUAACAGUCCUUUAAAGAUAAGUAUGUUGUAUGAAAAUGCCUUAAGUGUUAGCUAAGGGCUUUCCUAAGGGAAAUCAUCAUAAACCCUUAAAUGUUAAUAGUGUUAUAUAAAGUCCUUUAACAGUCUGUUCCCCUUUUUAACAAACUCAGAACCUCACCUUAAGGGCAGGUUUAUAACCAGAAAAUGUUUAAACACACAUUCAAUUUAGUGUUUUUUCAGUAAUGUCUGAUUGCAGAUUAAUAUUAACGUUAUCCAAAAUAUGAAGAGAAACAUAUGGAAUUAUUUAGUAAACAAAAAAAUCUUAAACAAACCAGAAUAUGUUUUAUAUUUAACAUUCCAAAGUAACUCCUCUUGCUUAAAUGACAGUUUUGCACAUCUUGCUGAUUUUUCUCAGUCAGCUUUAUGUAGUGGAGUCACCUGGAAUUCAGGCUUUUAGUUAACAGCUGUGCUGAACUUCUCAAGAGUUAAUUACUUGAAUUUGAACAGCACCACAGAUAAGAGCAUCUAAAUGCUUCACAUAAUAUUUUGGUUUGUUUAACAGUUUUAAGUUACUACAUGAUUCCUUAUGUGUUCCUUCAUCGUCUGGAUGAGUUCAGUAUUCAUUUACAAUAUGGGGGGGGGGAAACAAUGAAUGAGAGGGUGUGUCCAACCAUUUGACUGGGACUGUACUUUGAGUAAAGAGUGCUGGGCACAGGGGGUGGGGUAAUGGUGUUGGGUUUAUUUCCCACAAUGAAGAGUGUUUUUGGUCAGUUGCGGCACAUAUCUAAGAUGCCUGCAGUCAUGUUUCGAAAAACUGAGAAUAUGAAUGAGUUUUUCAUAGGGAAUAAACUAAAACAGGGGAGAUUUAUUUCCUAUGAGAAGUACUUGAUUUUAAUUUAAAAAAAAAAAUUGAAACAAAAGUGGGGUCUGGAAGUCUCUAAAUCUAGCUACAAAAUCGAUAGGUUAGCGACACUGGCUUUCUAACAGCGGUGUUCAGUAAAUGUUUUUGCCAUUGAUGAUCUGUUUCUUUACCCAACACCUCACACACUGCAGUAAAAUCCUUUACCAUGAUCCCUUAGUUAAGUCAUUUUAUGCAACGCACUUAUGUCAUUCUAAUGGGGAAGGGAAAAAAUGUCCCUUAAGGUUUAUACAACCUUCUGUUAAGGUGUUUUAUGCAACCAGGCAUGUGUGCAACCUGCAGCAAUGUUAGCUUGCCUCACCUUCCUCCUGUUUGGACUGCACUUACUGUAACGCGGUCUAUGUGCAUCUCUGAAUGUCUUUGCUGUCUGUUUUCCCUCAUCUCAUGCUCUUUCUAGCUGCCUGGACUGCAGACUAUGCACCGACUGACUUGGUCCUGAUCUACCAGCACCUACCGUGUCACUUCCCUUUAAGAAAUAAACAAAACACAGCCAUGCUGAUGCAGACAACAGCACACACACACACACACAUUCACACACACAUAUAGACACGUUACAGUCAGUCAGCAUCUGUGUUUCUGAGCUACUCACUUCAUACAACCCACAGGCCAAAAUGUUCAGAAACCUUUCAGAAAGGGGAGAUCUUCGUCCAGUCUUCCUCUGAAACUGCAUGCAGACGCUCGAGACACAAGGAGACACCAGUCACUCCUGAUCUGACUUUUUACGGUACACUUUCACCAUCACCUAAUGACCUGUACGUCAAGUUCUAUGAGAAAGCUGCGGUACUGCCUUUUCCUUCUCCUCCUCCUCAGAUCUAAGCAGGUACAGGUGGACAAUAUCCGUGAUACAUUAUAACUGCCAAAAGACGGGCAUCGCCGUGCCAGUGGUACAACAAAAACAAGGAAUGCCUGUACACACAGGAUGAUAAAACGAGAGGGUGCGUUGCACUACAUGGCCAAAAGUAUGUGGAUACAUGAACACCUCAUUCCAAAUUGAAGCUUGAAUAUGUAUUAUGUAGGUGCUUCCCCCGUUGCUGCAGUGCUGCCUCUACCCUUCUGAGCAGAUUUUUUUACACUAAUUUAAUUAAUUCACUUUCAUUCAACCACAGGAGCAUUAAAGAGGUUGGACACAGAUGUUAGGCAGUCAGUAUUUUAGUUUACUCAGAAAGGUUUUCAGUAGGGUUGAGGUCAGAUGGAGUUCUGUGCAGGUCAGUCAGGCUCUUCUACACCAAUCUUGGUACUUUAUACAGCAUUAUGGAGUGUUCAGUUUGGAAAAAGAGCCUUUACUGGAACUAAGGGCAUUUUCACCCUAGCCUUGAUGGACCUGAGAGCAUUUGAUCCACGGAUUUCAGUACAUUUGGUCAAGUAUGAAGGCUGAUUUUAAGAGAAAGAACAGUCCAGAGCUAUGGUCUCUAUUCCUCUUGAAAUCGGUGGACUGGGGUUUGUUUAAUCUGACUCUGGGGCAAUUGCUGUGUGUGGGCUUACACGAUUGGUUAAUUUUGUAAUGUGACUGUUUUAACUUGAUGAAUUACUGUGAAAUGACUGGAGCAAGGGGACUGUAAUAAGCUCAGCUUUGUGGAGUGAGUGCUGGUACUGACAGCAUGGUGAUGAGAGCUGCAAUUAAUGUUUUUUUUUUUUUUGAUAGUUGACUAAUCUGGCAUUUGUUUUUCCAAUUUGUCGAUUAGUCAGUAAUUAUUUCUGCCAGGUCCUCCAUCUGUGCUAACAGCCCUUCCCUCUCCCCCACUGUAUUCCUGUCCCCAGUAGUUUGUGUAGUGUAGUGUGGUGCAGUUAAAAAUGAACAAAUUUAAAUUUGGAAUCAACAAUAUUUUAUAAUCGACAUUGUCUGCAAUAUCUGUGAUCUAUGAUAUCCCCUAAAUGAGCCCAGAAUCUGUCCAAACCUUUUCUAAACUACCCCAGACUUUUACCAGAGUUUAUUGGUUGGAUCCACCAAAUCCAGAUGUGUCCAUCAAACUGCCAGAUAUUGAAAAAUUCUUCAUCACUCCAGAUGAUGUUUAGGUAUGUGAGCAGCUACUCAGCCAUGGAAACUCAAUCCUUGAAGCUGCUAACAAUACUUUCCAGUGCUGAAGUUGCUUCCCACCCAUUUUUUGGCAGUUCCAGCAAUGACCAGAAACAGCUAAAGCUAGCCAUCUGGGCUUUUUUUUUCUCACCUGAUUAAGCGCAAAAUUUUUUUGCUGUUGGUCUGUGUAACGUUUAUCAGUUCAAUUUUCUGACUGACUGAGGUUACAUUUAAAAAUGGAGAAGUAUGUGUAAAACUUUACUUUAACAAUAUUUCAUCUUCUCCAAUUUGCUAUAGCAAAAAAAUCAAUGUAUUAAGAUAUUUAAUUCAAUUUUCCAAGGUAUGUUUGUUUUGUGUCUUCAGAUAAAGCAUUGCCAGUAGAAUGGGGCAUUCUGGAGCAGCUACAUAAGAGUCUAAGGUCACUAUACCAAAUGCCAGGUGUAUGAUGGAACUGUACUCUCUGGUGUUAAAGUGCUGAUCCGUGAGAUGUGAGAUUUCACUAAUGCUCCUGUUGGUAUGAAUCUGGUGUAAAGUCUUUCAGGAAGAGUCAAUGCUGUUACUGCAGUAAACAUGGGAAGACUGCCUUUUAUUACCUGUAAUUUCAGAAGGAAUAUUGGAUGAGAAAUGGGUCUGUGAACUUUUGGACAUGCAGUGUAUACAGCACUGUUACAGACCAGUAUAUAUAACCUGCACCACGUACUGUUUUGCUGUACUGUAGGUUUGUGUGUCUGACAUUAGAUUGUUGCAUUUGUCUCAUCAUGUUAGCAUUGUUGUGUGUUGAGCCUGGAAUGAACAGAAAGGACAGUAAUGGAGCUCCUAUCCUGUAAAAGCGCAAUGAAUGAUCAGACACGGAUGAGUUUAUUCUUUUUAUUGUGAGGUAGUUUUCCCUCGGCUCCAGUGUAAAGAGGUAGAAUAAAGCCCAUAUGCGUGUGUGUAUGAGCGAGGGUGAUGCUAGGCAGUUUUAAAUCUUAGCGUUUAUUAAUUUUUAAUAUGUACUUACAGUUUAUUUAUACUGAAAAGGCUGUUAUUUAUUAUGCCCCUGGCAACUAUGCUGUUCUUCAUUCUAAACUGCAAUAAAACUGCCUCUCUUUUUUGUCCCUU